GGCUAAUAGUCAUCCAUUCUUCUGUGAAGGGAGAUUUUUAGGUUUUGUGUGGAGGACGAAAUGCCUGUGCCCGUCGUCGACAAUGCGUACCUCAAGGCGAUCGAAUCCGCCAGGCGCGAUCUCCGAGCUUUCAUCGCCGAGAAGAAUUGCGCGCCUCUGAUGCUGCGAUUGGCAUGGCACGAUGCUGGCACUUACGAUGCCGUGUCCAAGACUGGAGGACCGAAUGGCUCGAUCCGGAGCGAGCGGGAGUACACUCACGCUGCCAACAAUGGGCUCAAAAUUGCCAUUGAUUUCUGUGAGCCUAUCAAGGAGAAACACCCGACUAUCACUUACGCGGAUCUCUACCAGCUAGCUGGAGUUGUGGCUGUAGAGGUAACUGGAGGACCUACGAUCGAUUUUGUGCCUGGCCGAAAGGAUUCCGUCGCUACUACACCAGAAGGACGACUUCCCGAUGCUCAUCUAGGGGCAAAACAUAUCCGUGACGUGUUCUUUAGAAUGGGUCUUUCUGACAAAGAUAUCGUCGCCCUCUCGGGAGGCCACACAAUAGGAAGAGGCCACAAGGAGAGAUCCGGCUUUGAGGGACCAUGGACACCACAGCCAUUGAAGUUCGACAAUUCGUACUUCAAAGAGCUCUUGAGAGGAGAAUCAGAGGGCCUCUUGCAGCUGCCAACAGACAAGUGUUUGCUCGAGGAUCCGUCCUUCCGUCCAUACGUGGACUUGUAUGCAAAGGACGAGGACGCAUUCUUCAAAGAUUACGCCGAGUCUCACAAGAAACUCUCGGAGCUGGGAUGCAAGCACACCUCUCCAGCGUUUGGAAACGCAAAGGCAUCGCCAGCUGUGGAUUCUCACGCGAGCACUGCGACAGUACUGGCUCACAGUGCGUUUGGCCUCGCGGUUUCAGCCAUCGUCGUCGUUCUCAGCUACGCUUACGAGGUUCGCAGGAAGACUGCUCUCAAGUAGAACGACGUAAACAAUGAAGCAACGCUCGGCCAAUCUGGGCCGUCGAUCUAAGUUAACAAACCCGAGAAUAUGCUUUAUUUGUAAAAAAGGGAAUCUAUCUGGGGUUUUCA